AUGUUGCCCUUCUCGCCCGUGUAUCUGGUGCUCGCGGCCUUUGUCCUGGCAACUCUUCAGCUGGCCCGGUGCCUCGCCUCGCCGCUCCGAAAGCUGCCCGGCCCGACCAUAUCUCUCUUCACGUCUCUGGUGUUGAAGUGGAAGGAGAUCAGUGCCGAAAGGACGCUCUAUAUUCAUGAGCUGCAUCAGAGAUACGGUCCUGUCGUGCGGAUUUCCCCCAACGAAGUGUCCUACACUUCAUGGCCGGCCCUCAAGGAGAUAUACUGCUCUGGCGGGAGCGGCUACGGCAAGUCUGACUUUUACAACCUCUUUACGAUUUACGGGAGAAGGACCAUGUUUACGAUCCUGAACAAGGCAGAUGCCUGGUGGCAGCAUGCAAAGCGGAAGAGGAUCCUCGCAGACCGAUAUGCCAAUACAAACGUCAUGCGUAGUGUUUCCUUGGACGGCAUCCAGGCGCGAUCCAGAGCCUUUUUGCACCGCUGCACUCAGGCGGGUGAUUCUGCCAACGACAUCUUUCUUCCUUCCCACACGGCUAACCAUCAUCAAGCUCUACAUGCGUAUGCGUGUGAUUGCAUCACUCACCAUCUGUUCCACCCCAACGGCUCCGACUGCAUUGGGACAAGGGCAGACGAGGACAUGAUGCACCAAGUAGCGGCAGAUGACAGUCUGCAGAAUCGUCUCAUCUCGCACUACAGCCCGACGCUGUACCGCCUGUUUGCUGGCAUCCUAUCCUUGUUCGUCAAGCCGCGAUCUGUGCCCCUUGCCGACAACUACGUCUUGGAGACGAGCAAGCGCACCGAUGCGGCAAGCUUCACGCUCAUGAGCCGGCUGGAGGAAAAGUCAGGCGACCUCGACCACAUCGACAUGGCCGCCGAAUGCCUGGACCACAUGGUCGCCGGCAUCGACACCACCGGCGACACGCUGUGCUUCCUCAUGUGGGAGCUUUCCCAGCCUCGGUCGCUUCACCUGCAGCGCAGACUGUCCGAGGAGGUACGAAGGAACCCCGACGCCGGCAUCGACCAGCUUCCGUUCCUGGACGCCGUCCUGUGCGAGGGUCUUAGGUAUUACCCUGCCAUUCCCAUGUCGCUGCCUCGCCUCGUGCCACAGGGCGGCCGAACCAUUGACGGCUUCCACGUCCCCGAGAAGACCAUCGUCAGCUGUCAGGCGUACUCUGUGCACCGCGCGAAUACGGACGUGUUCCCGGACCCUGAUGCCUUUCACCCCGACAGAUGGAUGGCGGCCGCGGGGGACGCAGAUAGGCGUCGGUUGCUGUUUGCGUUUUCCAACGGCGGCCGGGGCUGCAUCGGCAAACACCUUGCCAUUGCCGAGAUGAAGACCCUGCUCAGGGACGUCUACUCGCGAUAUAGCACGACGCCGGAUCCUUCCAUGACGGCAGAAUCCAUGGCCAUGUCGGACCAGCUCAUUUCGACUCGGCCAUUGGGCAAGAGAUGCCUGCUCCAGUUUCAUCGGCUGCCUGAUGAUGUCAAGGCCACGGGCGGCUCUGAGUAA